AUGUUAACUCAUUAUACCCCUAAUGAUUUUGCUUAUGCUAGUGUUCUAUCUGUUUGUGAUACCAGUACAUCGCGUGGUAGGCAAGUACACGCGCUUGUAAUGAAAACAGGUUUUGAUACGUGUGUUUAUGUGUGUAAUGCUUUGAUUGCAAUGUACUCGAGGAAUAGUGGAAGUACGGAGGCUUGGAAGGUUUUUAAUGAUAUGGAGUUUCGGAAUAUUGUUUCGUGGAAUACAAUGAUAGCGUUGUUUCAAAUAUGUGGACAAGGUGAUAAGGCUAUGAGAUUUUUCUCCUUGAUGCAUCGUGAUAGUUGUUUGGGGUUUGAUCGAGCUACUCUUGUUAGUGUACUUUCUUCUCUAUUAGGACGGGAUGAAAUUGAUUUUUCCUGGGGUCUUCGAAGUUGCUUUCAAUUGCAUUGUGUUAGUGUGAAAACCGGGCUUAUACUAGAUGUUGGGAUUGUGACUGCUUUGGUGAAAGCUUAUUCGAUUCUCCAGGGAGAGGUUAGUGAUUGUUACAAAUUGUUUCUGGAAACAAAUGGAUGUCAAGAUCUCAUGUUGUGGACUGAAAUAAUUGUGGCGUUUUCAGAAAGGGAUCCUGAGAAAGCUAUUCUCCUUUUUGGUCAGUUGCUCCGAGAGGGGUUAAGUUUAGAUAGUUAUGCUUUUUCUAUUGCACUGAAAGCUUGUGCGGGACUCUUGACAGAUAGAAAUGCCUUGAUGGUGCACUGUAAAGUGAUUAAAUCUGGUUUUGUGGAUGCUCUAGUGCUUGGAAAUGCAUUAAUUCAUGCAUAUGCAAGGUGUGGCUCAAUAUCUCGGGCCAGUCAGGUUUUUGAGGAGAUGAGGUACAGAGAUAUAGUGACAUGGAAUUCCAUGUUGAAGGCUUAUGCAUUGCAUGGCAAAGCAAAUGAAGCAUUGGGACUUUACGGUAAAAUGGAUGUGAAACCUGAUGCAGCCACUUUUGUUGCUCUGCUUUCAGCUUGCAGCCAUGCUGGAAUGGUGCAAGAAGGGAUUCAAAUUUUUGAUGCUAUGUUUGCAAAACACGGUAUUGUUCCUCAACUUGAGCAUUAUGCAUGUAUAGUUGAUAUUGUUGGCCGAGCAGGUCAUAUUUUUCAGGCGGAGAAAAUAAUAAAAGAAAUGCCCAUGCAACCAGAUUAUGUGGUGUGGAGUGCAUUUCUUGGAGCAUGCCGCAAACAUCGUGAAUCUGGGCUCGCCCAAAUAGCUGCAUCUCAGCUGAAGGAGUUAGAUCCAGAAAAUUCAUUAGGAUAUGUACUCAUGUCUAAUGUAUACUGCUCAAACCAUAGCUUCAAUGAAGCAGGUCAUCUUAGGAAGCAAAUGAGAGGGCUUGGUGUUACAAAGCAGCCUGGAUUGAGUUGGACAGAUCUUGGUUGA